AUGCCAAUCAACAUUCGCAGAGCGACAAUCAAUGACAUCAUAUGUAUGCAAAAUGCCAACCUUCAUAACCUGCCCGAAAAUUAUAUGAUGAAAUAUUAUAUGUAUCAUAUUCUCUCGUGGCCAGAGGCUUCGUUUGUUGCUACUACUACUACUCUGGACUGUGAAGAUACUAAUGAUCAGGAUGAUAGUGAUAAAUUGGAAUUGACCUUGGAUGGGACCAGCGAUGGCAGAACAAUCAAGUUGGAUCCAACAUACUUGGCUCCGGGCGAAAAAUUAGUAGGAUACGUUCUCGUGAAGAUGAAUGACGACCCGGACCAACAAAACGAGCCACCAAAUGGUCAUAUUACUUCUUUAAGUGUCAUGAGAACCUAUAGAAGGAUGGGAAUUGCUGAAAACUUAAUGAGACAAGCUCUAUUUGCAUUGAGAGAAGUGCAUCAAGCGGAAUAUGUUUCUUUGCAUGUGAGACAAUCUAAUAGAGCGGCUUUGCAUUUGUAUAGGGAUACAUUGGCCUUCGAAGUGUUGAGUAUUGAGAAAAGCUACUAUCAGGAUGGUGAAGAUGCAUACGCUAUGAAAAAAGUUUUAAAAUUAGACGAGUUACAGAUAAGUAAUUUCACCCAUCGCCGUUUGAAGGAAAAUGAGGAAAAACUAGAAGACGAUCUAGAAAGCGAUCUGCUAGAGGACAUCAUUAAACAAGGCGUAAAUGAUAUCAUUGUAUAA